UCCACAACCAUGGCGUCCCGUGUCCUUGUUCAAUGUGUCCGCUCGCUCGCUCCAUCAUCAAGAAGGCUGUACCAAGGCAGAGCUGCUUCAGCACGGCUUCCUAACCAGCGAGCGUUCUCCCUUCUUUCGUGCAGCCAAAAAACACGGCAGACCAACCUGACACGGCAGAUCUCCAGCCCUCUGGGUCAGCUCUGUCGACAGUAUGGGGAUCUGCCUCCGCUCACUCUCGAGACCAUCAAGGAUCGCGUCCUUUAUGUCCUCAAACUGUAUGACAAGAUCAACCCAGAGAAACUUCAGACCACAUCUCACUUCUUGAAAGAUCUGGGGUUGGACAGCCUGGACCAGGUGGAGAUAAUUAUGGCCAUGGAAGAUGAGUUUGGGUUUGAGAUCCCAGACGUGGAGGCCGAGAAGCUAAUGUCUCCACAGGAGAUUGUACAGUACAUUGCAGAAAAGAAGGAUGUGUAUGAAUGAGGGACCUCCUACCUACAGUAGAGAGGUACAUGUGGCAACCCCCUCAACCACGUGACUACAAAGGACCUGAACCAGAUGGCUCUGCAUUUUAGUUUUCCCUGUUUUUCCCCCACAAAGUGUGUCUUUGUAUCAAGUACCUUGUCUGUUGUACACCCAUUUACUGCUUUACUUGUAUAUA